ACGCAUUAGCAAGAUAUUAGAUUAUCUUCCUCCUCCGAUCCCAUCCCACAAACCGAUCGAUCCAAAAUCCUGUAACCACUUAACACUUUGAGGAACCUUUUCAGGGUUUACUGUUUCUUGAUCGCAAUGAGUUUCUUGUUCGGGAAGAAAAAGACGCCCGCAGAGUUGUUGCGGGAGAACAAGCGAAUGCUUGAUAAAUCUAUCAGAGACAUAGAACGGGAGAGGCAAGGUUUGCAGACACAAGAGAAAAAACUGAUUGCAGAGAUCAAGAAAAGUGCCAAACAAGGCCAAAUGGGAGCUGUUAAGGUGAUGGCAAAAGAUCUCAUUAGAACACGACAUCAGAUCGAGAAGUUUUACAAGCUUAAGUCCCAACUGCAGGGUGUUUCACUUAGAAUCCAGACGUUAAAAUCAACGCAAGCGAUGGGUGAGGCGAUGAAAGGUGUGACGAAGGCUAUGGGACAGAUGAACCGACAGAUGAACUUGCCAUCCUUGCAAAAGAUAAUGCAAGAAUUCGAGAGACAAAACGAGAAAAUGGAAAUGGUAAGUGAGGUGAUGGGCGACGCCAUUGACGAUGCGUUAGAAGGAGAUGAAGAAGAAGAUGAAACAGAAGAGCUCGUGAAUCAGGUUCUUGAUGAGAUUGGAAUCGACAUUAAUCAAGAGCUAUUGAACGCCCCAUCAGGGGCUGUCGCCGCACCUGCUGCAAAGAAUAAGGUGGCACAGGCUGAAGCGUCUGCGACUGAUGACGGUGGGAUAGACAGUGAUCUACAAGCUAGGUUAGAUAAUUUGAGAAAAAUGUAAGAUACAUGUGUACAUUAUUUACUUACUUUGUAUGGGCUUUUGUGAAGAAUUUGUGAACUCGUUGGGUCGGGUAUAGCUGAUCUCAAUAACAAACUACUUGUAGAUUUUGUUCGCUAUAUACGUCGUAGCGUCUGCUUCUAUUUGAUUAAAUACUAUAUAUGAUUGUGGUUGGA